UGUUGCUCGUUAUUCGUUACUUGUUUUCUGUUGAUUUUUGUUGUAUUUAGUGCAUUCGGAAUAGUAAUAAUUAGUUACAAUGGAAGAAGAUACCAAAAAAAUAUCUUUUUCGUUCAAACAAAUAUCUAAACCUAAGGUAAUUCCUAUACUUCCAAAAACAGAGAAAGCAGUUCAGUUUAUUGAAUGCGUUGAAGAGAAAUCAAUCAAAGUUGCUGGAGCAGUGGAAAAGGUUGAUCAUGAAUUAGUUAUAACUAUGCCGAAGUCAGUUAAACAGCGACUACCAAUAAAGGAAGUUGUAAGCUCAAUACCAAACAAACUGCAAGGAAACGGAGCGUCAACACUAGAAGAAAUGGCUGUACAGGCAAUAUUAAAGGGAUGUAAAAAAAGAGAAGGAGGUGAAGAAGAAGAAGAAGAAGAAGAGGAUACAAAAAUAGUUGAAGUACCAUUGAUAAUCAAUUCUCAGGAAGGGAUGGAGAUGUCUACGGCUGAAGAUUAUGAAAGUAUACCUAUCGAUAAAUUUGGAUUAGCUAUGCUUCGAGGUAUGGGCUGGAAACCUACUAAAGGUGUUGGUAAGAAUUCUCAAAUAAUUGCUGCUAGUCUGCCAGAGAUUAGGUCCAAAGGAAUGGGUUUAGGCGCUGAUAAAUUAAUUAAAUCUGUACAAAAAACACAGAAUUCCGAAGAAGAACUAAAACUCAAACAAGGGUCUUUUGUGCAAUUUAUAAUUGGGAAACUAAAUGGCCAGUAUGGACAAGUUUGUGGUUUUGAUGAAUUAUCCUCAAGAGUAAUUGUGAAAGUUUCACGCACUGGUGAAUUGGAAAAUGUAAGCGAAAAUUUAUUUAAUUUAGUUACCAAAAGUGACUAUGAUAAAAAUUGUAAUGUGAUUAAUAUAAAACAGUAUAAAGAAUACCACGAGGGUAAAACUAAAUCAAACAAUAGUGAAGACCAAUCCAAUCACCGUGAAAAAAUAAUUAAAGAAGAUAUUUACAGUGAUCAUCGAUCUAGACACCAUAAAACGAAAAAAAGCAAACAUUCCAAAUCACCACAUAGAAAACAUAAAUCUAAUCACAACAAACAUAAAAAAUAUAAACACAAAAAGUCUUCAUCAUAAUAUUUAUUCAGAAUUAUAGAUUAGUUAUUAAUUACUAAUGUUAUUUUUUUUUUUUUUGUAAAUUAAUUUUAUUGAUAAUGAUUAUAUAUUUUUACAAUGUUUCUACAGAUACCUGCUGUUAUUUUUCUGCAGUAAAUUAAAUAAUAAUUAUGACGCCAACAUUAUUGUUUAAAGUAUUAAAUAAAUUAGUUAUAAUUCAACUACUAAUUGUAAUUAAAUGAACAUCAUUUGACGUCUGUUAUAAAUUAAAAUAUUUCUUUGCA